GUUGGCAUCCCUGCCUAUGCGAAUAACGGAAUGGCCGCCAACGUUGAAAAGGGACGCCGUCUGAAGUAAUUUACCUGGAAUGACGCCGUAAUCCGGUAAUUAUAGCUUACUCGCCAUAAAACUGAGGACCAGACUAUCGCCAAAAUCGGGACAGAAACUUUUACCUGUCCGGUGCAUAAAACCCUUGACAGGGAUUCCAAACCCCAGCAUUUGCAUUGUGAAACUCGUACGACAAAGAAGCAUCUAUCGAAAUGGUACUGGCUCCCGAAGUUAAAAGUAUUGUGAAGGCCCUGAGGGGCUCGAAUAGCUGCGAGGAGAUAGCCCAGAUCCUGGAAUGCGACGUGGAGAGCGUGGUGAGCUGCAUCCGGGAGUGUGAGCUGCUCGAGGGCAAGACGGCCACGCUGCGAUUGCCGCAGAGACCGAAGUCAACUAAAGCAGAGCCUGUGGUUGCCCAGGAGGAGGAGAAGAAGCGCGAGGUGGGCCGACCCAAGAUCCUGGAGAACCGUCAGCUUGUCGAGCAGUUGCUGGCCAAUAAUCCGCACUACACCUCCAUCGAUGUGCAACGGGAACUGGCCCUGCAUGGCAUAGAGGUCAGCCGCAGGACCUUGCAGCGCAGGAUCAGCGAGAUCCGCUCCAAGAAUGGCCAGCAAACGAGUGCAUCUCCAGCAAAGGAAUCGAACGGCCUCAGCGAUGAAGCCAAACGUAAGAGGUUGGCCUGGGCCACCGCCCACCAGGAUUGGACAGUGCGCGACUGGCGCAACAUCUUCAACAUGGACGAUCUUAAGUUCGAUGACGAAUCGUCCCCGCCAAAGGAGAUCUUUCUGGACACUCUGAUGGGUCCAGAGGGUUCGGUGUGCAGUGACCUCAAUCUUCUGGAGCAGCUGAUGGCCAUUAUCCAGCCGAGGAUCCAGAACCAGGCUCCCAAGAAUGUCAGCGAGUUCCGGGCUGUCUUGUAUGACGUUUGGCACAGUGACCAAGACAUGGUGGACAAGAUCGAAAUGCUCUACGAGUCGAUGACGUGGCGCGUUUCGGCGGUCCUCCGCAAUGGCGGGGAUCAGACCGAGUUCUGCUAGCCAAGCUAUAGAUUUAAUCGUGCUCUGGUUUUUGAAUGUUGAAUUAAGAAUGACAUCAUUCACUAUCAAUUAUGUUUGAUUAGUUUAUUAAGUUUUUAGUGGCCAUAUAAAGUAUGUACAUGGUACACUCUGAUAGUUAAUUUCAUUUUCCCUUUCGAACAAUUGUAAAAUCGUUUGCUACCUAUAAAUAAAGUGUACAACGCAAUGUUCACGACAA